AUGGAGAAGACAUUCUUUCACCACCACCACAUCCCACGAUUUGGCGGUGGGAUUGGUGGUGGUGGUGGUGGGUUUGGCCAUGGUCCUGGUGCUGGCUUGGGCAGUGGGGGAGCUGCUUUUGGUGGUGGCGUUGGAUGGCUUGGUGGUGGUGAUGGAAUUGGAAAUGGGCUUGUGGGAGGGAUUGGUGGUGGUGGAAAAGAAGGCAGUAGUGGUAAUGUACUUGGUGGUGGAGGUGCUGGACAGCCUUGA